UUAACUUUUAAGUGGGAAGAGUGAUCGCCAUUUUUCCCCUCCGUCCGACCAUCACUGAUUAAUUUACAUGUUAGCGGGCCGAGUAGAAGCGGUGGAGCUAGUAGCGACCCCCUCGGUUGAUACUUGAUAGACGGAAGCAUAAAACAUUACAAUAACCAUUCGGGCCGUGAAUUAGUGCCGUCACCUAUUUGUUAACUCGUAAAUUUCGCAAGGUUUCUCCGUCCACGAUGGCUGACGGUGAGCCGUUAAGUAUUGACAGCAUAAUUGCUCGACUGUUGGAAGUUCGAGGAUGUCGCCCUGGUAAAACAGUACAAAUGUCCGAAGCAGAAGUUAGAGGGCUAUGUUUAAAAUCUAGAGAAAUAUUUUUACAACAACCAAUUUUAUUAGAUUUAGAAGCUCCCUUGAAAAUAUGUGGUGACAUACACGGACAGUACACUGAUUUAUUACGUCUCUUUGAAUAUGGAGGUUUUCCUCCCGAAGCUAACUAUUUAUUUUUGGGAGACUAUGUUGACCGCGGUAAACAAUCGUUGGAAACUAUUUGUCUCUUAUUAGCUUACAAAAUUAAAUAUCCAGAGAAUUUUUUCCUGUUACGAGGAAAUCAUGAAUGUGCAAGUAUUAACAGGAUAUAUGGAUUCUAUGACGAAUGUAAAAGGCGUUAUAAUAUAAAACUAUGGAAAACUUUCACUGAUUGUUUUAAUUGUUUACCAAUCGCAGCCAUCAUCGAUGAAAAAAUAUUUUGCUGUCAUGGUGGCCUUAGUCCCGAUUUGCAAGGAAUGGAACAAAUAAGACGUAUUAUGCGUCCUACUGAUGUUCCUGACACUGGACUAUUAUGUGAUUUGUUGUGGUCGGAUCCUGAUAAAGAUGUAACAGGUUGGGGUGAAAACGAUCGUGGUGUUUCAUUUACAUUUGGUACAGAUGUUGUAGCCAAGUUUUUAAACAGGCAUGAUUUAGAUUUAAUCUGUCGCGCACAUCAAGUUGUAGAAGACGGCUACGAGUUUUUUGCUAAAAGGCAAUUGGUAACAUUGUUCUCAGCACCAAACUAUUGUGGUGAGUUUGACAAUGCCGGUGGAAUGAUGUCUGUUGAUGCAACUCUUAUGUGUUCAUUUCAGAUUUUGAAACCAUCGGAGAAAAAAGCAAAAUACCAGUAUUCAGGAUUAAACUCUGGACGACCUGCUAACAGUACAGCUGUUAAAAAGAAAUAAACACAAUGAGAAAUAACAAUAAUGAAAACUGAAUUUCAUUAAUUUGAACUGUUCAGUAAUAAAUCACAUUGUGGUUGAAUGAUUUAAAUUUCUGGACUUUAAAAUAACAAAUUUGAUUAAUGUAAAUUUGUCUUUAAUGUAUAAAAAUAAAAAUGUAUUACAACAAUCA